AGUCGAUUGAAAACAGCGAGGAACUUUACAGCUGAAUGAAUAACACAAAUGUUUUCAGUGGAGAAGUUUAGAGAUGUCAACGAGCGGCCAACUGCUGCAGCUGAGGAAAUCUGUGACGAUGCUACAAGAGCUGCCGACGAGGACGAGGCAGAGAUCAACCGUCAGGGCAGAAUGCUGGUUAUCAAACCUCUCAUCCUCUUACACAGAAUAGAUGUCUCACAGCAACAUGUGUGUAAGGAGGAGGAGGCUGAACAGCAGCUCUGUCACCAGGAGAGGAAGUCCAGUCUGGACCAGGAGGAGCCAGAGCCUCCACAGAUUAAAGAGGAGCAGGAGGAAGAGCAGCUCAAACAGGAGGAGACUGACAUGUUGAUAAUGACUCCUACUAAGGAGGAAAGUGAGAACAGAGAAACAGAUGGACAACAUGAACACCAGAUCCUUUCUCACAACUCUCAUGUUGCUGAGAAUCAAGAUCUCAGCAAGCAGAAAGACUCAGAGAUAAGUGUAAAAUCAAAACCAAGACAAAAGAGAGACAGAAAGCACACAGGUGUGAAGCCUUACUCCUGCAACACCUGUGGAAAAAGAUUCAGUCAGAAAUCACAUUUGAAACUGCACAAUCUUAUUCACACAGGUAGAAAGCUAUAUACCUGUGGUAGCUGUGAGAAAUCAUUCACAAAUAAAUCUACUUUUGACCGGCACAUAAAAAUCCAUACAGGUGAAAAACCACACACCUGCACAAUGUGCAAAAAAUCUUUCAUACUUAAAAGUAAUUUGACAGUUCACAUAAGAAGUCAUACAGGUGAGAGGCCUUUCUCCUGCAGCACCUGUGGAAGAAAAUUCUAUACAAAAUCACAACUGAAUCGGCACAUUCAUACUCACACAGGUACAAAGAUGUACACCUGUGAUACCUGUGAGAAAUCAUUCGCAAAUAAAUCUUAUUUGGACCACCAUGUAAAGAUCCAUACAGGUGAAAAACCACACACCUGCACAAUGUGCAACAAAUCUUUCAGACUAAAAAGUCAAUUGACAGUCCACAUGAGAAGACACACAGGUGAGAGGCCUUUCUCCUGCAGCACCUGUGGUAGAAGAUUCAGAUGGAAAUCAAAUUUGAAUAAGCACAUGCGUACUCACACGGGCAUAAAGCCAUAUACCUGUGGUACCUGUGGGAAAAGAUUUAGUCAGACAUAUAUUUUGAAUAAGCACAUUCGUGCUCACACAGGUACAAAGCCGUACAUCUGUGGUACCUGUGGAAGAUCAUUCACACAGAAAUCUGUUUUAGACAAGCAUUUAGAGAACCAUACAGGUGCACACACCUGCACAAUGUGCAACAAAUCUUUCAGACGUAAAAGUUAUUUGACAGACCACAUGAGAGCACACACAGGUGAGAAGGUUUACUCUUGCAGCACCUGUGGAAAAAGGUUCAGUUGGAAAUCAGGUUUGAAUAAGCACAUUCGUACACACACCAAUACAAAUCUCUACACCUGUGGCACCUUUGGAAGAUCAUUCACAAAAAAAAGUUACUUGAAAAGUCACUUAAAAAUCCAUACAGAUGAAAAACCGCGCAUCUGCACAAUGUGCAGCAAACCUUUUAGAUAUAAAUGUGAGUUGACAGUCCACAUGAGAACACACACAGGUGAAAAGCCGUACUCCUGCAACACCUGUGGAACAAGAUUCUUAACAAAAUCAAAUUUGAAAAGGCACAUUCGUACUCACACAGGUAUAAAACCAUAUACCUGUGGUACCUGUGGAAGAUCAUUCACACAGAAAUCUGUUUUAAACAAGCAUUUAAAAAUCCAUACAGGUGAAAAACCACACACCUGCACAAAGUGCAACAAAUCUUAUAGUCAUGAAAGUAAUUUGACAGUCCACAUGAGAACACACACAGGUGAGAAGCCUUACUCCUGCAGCUGUGGAACAAGAUUCUAUACAAAAUCACAACUGAAUCGGCAUGUUCUUAGGCCGGCCACACACCACGCGAUUUCUAAAUCUGAAAUGAUUGUAAAAUCGUGAGAGACCACAGUUGUGUUCAUGGUUGUAAGCGGUGAAAGUAUGUAUGAUCUGGAUGUGAAGCUAUCCGGUGCGCUCGCUUUCAUUGGUUGUUGUGGGUACUCUGUCAGAGGCACCACGACCUAGAAUCGUAAAUAUUAAGUGUGUUUGAUAUUUACGAUUCUGGAUUUUGGAGGUUAUGACGCAGUUUGGAGCACUAAACAAUUGUGUUGACACCACACGCAUGCAGACUACUUAAAGGUGCUAUACAAAUAAAGUUAUUAUUAUUAUUGUUAUUACUACUCAGGCAAACAGUUGUUUGCAACAAGGCUACUCUCGGGAUACACCCCCAGGAUCGUCGAGGGAGGCAAAUCUUGCCCCAAAUUGGGCUUAAAAUCCUGUAGUGUGUGGCCGGCCUUACACAGAUAGAAAUCUCUACACCUGUGGUACCUAUGGAAGAUCAUUCACAAAAAAAGUAACCUGAAAAGCCACAUUAAACUCCAUAAAGGUGACAAACCACAUAUCUACACAAUGUGCAGCAAAUCUUUUAGAGAUACAUAUACAUUGACAGUCCACAUGAGAACACACAGGUGAGAAGCCUUUCUCCUGCAGCACCUGUGGAACAAGAUUUAGUGAGAAAUCUUAUUUGAAUCAGCACAUUUGUUCUCACACAGGUUCAUACACAGGUAUGGUACCUGUGGAAGAUCAUUUACCAAGAAAUGUUUUCUGGACAACCACGUAAAGAUCCAUUCAGACAAUAAUGGUUAAACUUCCUAAACAUGUGGCAGGUCUCUCGGAAUUGGUGCUGACUUGAUGGUUGAUGAGAGAAGAACUGACACUGCUGUGAAGCUGUAGCUUUGAUAUCUGAGAUGUGCUAGAAAAAAAACUUUGACUCCUCUACUUUUUCAUAACUAGUGCUAGGUCACGUUACUGUUAAAGUUACCUGUUACUUGUAUUGACGUCCCCCAUCACAAACACCUCUCUGCUAUCAUUACCAACAUCUGUGCAAAUAAAGCCAUCUCACCGACUAGGUCUGUGUCUUACCAAAGCCAUAAAACUUUUACCUUCUUGAACUGACGAAUCAUAAAACAAAACCUUCCUACUUCUAAACAACCAAACCAGAUGGUGAUCAUAGAUAACUUGUUCUCUCUGCAAGACUUACACUGUAUGGGCUAGAAGUCCCAUAACUACUGUAAACAUCAUAUGUUUCAACAGGAAAUGUUUGUAUUCAUUUGAGGUAGCUCCCAUGGAACACCACGAUAUGUUGCAUAUUCCUCUAACAUGUAAUAUGGCUGAGAGAUUCAUUUGUAAUUUUAAUUCAGAUGUCUUCCAUGGACCAACAGUGCCAUCUACUGUCCAGUAUUGGUCACACAUACAACUACGCGUGACAAAUUCCCCUUGUGUCUUCAUACUUCAAUGUUGCAUGGCUGGCCAGCCAUGUUGUUUCAUGUUUAACUGUGACAGUUUAAUUGAUGUUUCAUUGAUUCUUAAUUGAUGACUUUUAUAACCAUUUAUGCUAUUCUUGCAUGAUCUUAUUGAAUUACUAAUUCGAUGAAGAGUGGUUCACAAGGUGACGUUUGAUCUCCCUGAAGAUGGAAAACUCAGAUGGAGUUGGCCCUCCCUCUUUUCUCUUUAAGUGGGCAGUCUCCAGUCUAGAGUUUUUCUUCUACAUGUCUUUUAUCUUUCCUUCCUUUUUCUUCUUAAGUUAUUGAAGCAAGUUUUUUUUUUUUAACUUCUCUGUUAAACACGUCUCCUGCUUUGUUUCUUACAAGUCUGAGCCAGGUUCAAUAAUUUAAUUGAACCUCGACCUUUAUUUGGAUCCAGCACAAAUUCUUUAAUCUUUUAUAGCCUCUGCGCUCGUUUUUGCAGCAGAGUUUUUUUUCUUUUCCUGGCACGUCCAGACUUCAUCACUGUGAUCCAAUAAUCAAAGUGAUGUCGACCAUACUGAGACAUUAAUUUUGAUAUUGAUUGGAUGAAUUAAGAACAGUUUUUUUGGAAAGAGACGAGUCAUUCAGGACCCUUGGGAGAGACCCAUCUUGCCGUGUUUGUCAGACUGUCUUCUCUGAGUGACCCACCUGGCACUGUUGCAGAGCAAAUCGGCUCAACGAUCAAAGACCCAACCAUCUGAUACCAACGGUCGCCCCAGACUCUUUGGAACCUCCCAGGCAGUCCAUCUCCUCGUCCUUAUUCUACGGCAAACAGUAGGAUUCUGAUCCAACUCAUUAGGGUUGACUGCGUCUCCAACAGUUCCAUUAAAACAAUUAAUUCAUUCUGAUGUUUUUUUUUUUUUUUUUUUAAUUUACAUCCCAAAUUCUAGGCCGUUAAUGAUCUUUUUAUUUAUUUUCAAAUCAUCCACUCUCCAUCAAACUAGAGUAGCAUCAUUCCUUUAUUAUCACAUUUGGUCAUUAUCUGUUUAUUCACUCGCAUUAUAUUCACA